UUUUAAUGAGCAUCUAAUACUAAUUACUGAAACAGUCUUACUUGACACUGCAUUUGCUGGUUUUAAUUCCGCUGCAGAACUAUAUGGUGAGGGCGUAGGGAUAUUUGUUCUAAAAUCCCAGCCUGCUCUACCUUCUUUUUUUCCCUCGGUGGAGGCCAUGAUGGGAGCCUGAGAGUUCAGCUGGAGCGAGAGGAGCGAGAAAAGAAGAUGAUUCCCCGGGACCGAGCUGUCAAACAAAUCUCUGCCGAUUCCUGAGCUUUGUAUACGCUAUAUACAUUUAAGGUGGAGCCUGUCACUUUUUCCCUCCAGAUGUGUUCUUGGCAAUCAGUCGAUGACAAUGUUGAAUCGUUAGGAGCCUUUUGGAUCGAAGAAGGGGGUAGCAUUAGCUAUUGUUGCUAGCUAGCUGUGCUAGCUAGCUGCUUAGCUAGCGAGCUAGCUCCGUCUGGAUACGGGUUUCGGGAACCGGUGAGUCCUCUAUCUCGCUGUCAAUCCCGGCGGCUGCUGCGACUGAGCCACCGGCUUGGACCGCGUCUGGCACCUAGAGGUUUAUCUGAGGACAACUGCAUGUAUUUAAUUCGGAGGUGUUUGCUAGACGAAUUGCAGGAUUGGGAAAGUCGGGCCUGCACGGAGGAGCAGAGCGAGGCCCGUCUUUAUGAUCCAGAGGAAGCCUGUCUAAUCCGACCCACAGCCACCGCUAGCUCUGCGGGCUAGCACCUCUCUGCCAGGACCUGCAAAAAUCAGAGAGCAGACCCAGAGACUGCGACAAACACGACCACACAGCCAAUAAUAGAAAAAAAACGUUUUCAUCAUUUAUCCCAUAUAGACUCCUGUCACCUGCUACAAUGGCUGCGAUUAUUAAAGAAAUGGUCAGCCGGAACAAAAGGAGAUAUCAAGAGGAUGGGUUCGACCUGGACUUAACAUACAUCUACCCAAACAUCAUUGCUAUGGGCUUUCCAGCAGAGAGACUCGAAGGAGUGUACAGAAACAAUAUAGAUGAUGUAGUACGGUUUUUGGAUUCGAAGCAUAAAAACCAUUACAAAAUCUACAACCUCUGCGCAGAAAGACACUACGAUGCUGCCAAAUUUAACUGCAGAGUUGCACAGUACCCCUUCGAAGACCACAACCCUCCUCAGCUGGAGCUAAUUAAGCCGUUUUGUGAAGACCUGGACCAGUGGCUCAGUGAGGAUGACAAUCACGUGGCGGCCAUCCACUGUAAGGCCGGGAAGGGCCGCACUGGAGUCAUGAUCUGCGCCUAUCUACUCCAUCGCGGCAAAUUCCUGGAGGCCCAAGAAGCACUCGACUUUUACGGAGAAGUCAGGACAAGGGACAAGAAGGGAGUAACGAUCCCAAGCCAGCGCCGCUACGUCUACUACUACAGCUACCUACUGAAGAACCAGCUAGAGUACAAGCCGGUGGCGCUCCUCUUCCACAAAAUGGUGUUCGAGACUCUCCCUAUGUUCAGCGGGGGCACCUGCAGGGACAGUACCGUUAAAAACAGGAGCGAGCCGACCCCUCAGGGCUUCAAGAAAGGGAAUUGGCAUUGGGAUCCCCAGUUUGUGGUGUACCAGCUGAAAGUGAAGAUUCACACGUCGCACCCGGCUCACACGCGGCGCGAGGACAAGCACAUGUUUUUCGAAUUCCCCCAGCCGCUGCCAGUUUGCGGAGACAUCAAAGUAGAGUUCUUCCAUAAACAGAAUAAGAUGAUGAAGAAGGACAAAAUGUUUCACUUCUGGGUGAACACCUUCUUUAUCCCUGGACCAGAGGAGAGCUGGGACAAGAUGGAGAACGGGGCAGUAUAUAAUGCGGAGAGCCAGCAGGGGCCGCCGGGAGUGGGCCAGUGGCAGUCGGAAGCGGACCAGGGGCAGCCAGGAGUAGGCCAGGGGCAGCUAGGAGGGGGAACGGGCCAGAGGCAGACAGGAGUGGGCCCAGGGCAGCAGUCGGCAUCGGGCGCAGAGCAGCCAGGACCGGGCAGAGGGCCGCCGGGAGCAGUCCAGGGAUCGGCAGCGGGCCAGAGGCAGCCGAUAGCAGGUCAAGGGCAGUCGGGAGCAGGCCAGGGGCAGCUGGGAUCGGGAGUGAACCAGGGACAGCAGGGACCGGGCCAGAGGCAGCCUGGAGCAGGCCUGGGGCAGCCAGGACCAGGCCAGAGGCAGCUGGGACCGGGCCAGAGGCAGCCGGGACUGGGGCAGGCUUUGCUACAGACGCAGACGCAGCGCACCGAGAGCAGGGACAGCUGCAGGGAUAGCGACAGGGACUACCUCAUCCUGACGCUCACUAAGAAUGAUUUGGACAAGGCCAACAAAGAUAAAGCUAACCGCUACUUCUCGCCAAACUUCAAGGUGAAGUUGUAUUUUACGAAAGCCGUGGAGGAGCCGAAUUCUGAGGCAAGCACUUCGACAUCCGUCACCCCGGACGUUAGCGACAAUGAGCCAGACCAUUAUCGAUACUCUGACACCACUGACUCUGAUCCGGAAAAUGAACCUUUUGAUGAAGAGCAGCACACGCAAAUCACAAAAGUGUGAACUCUUUUUAAACAGGAAAAGAAGAAUUAUACACCAGAAAAAAGGAGAAAACUUGAAUAUAAACUCAAAAGAAGAACCUUUGUCCCUUCCCUCCCCCAGACGGCAAUAGAAUAUCAUCAUGUCAAAUGCCAAUUUUAGGGAAAAAAAGAUAAAUAUCCUGACCAAUAUAUUGUUUUUUUAUUUUUCUUUUUUUCUUUGGCACGGCCAUGUACCAUGUGCGAGGUAUUGACACUGUUGCCCCAUGGGAAAAGGUGCUGUAGCUAUAAAAAUGUGUUUAUAUAUAUAUACAUUCGUAUAUGUAUAUACAUAUAUACAUGCAUAUAUAAACAAACUUUUUUUGUGUCAAAGACAAUGGAAAGACUACCACAAUCAGGAGAUGGGAGUUGAAGUGUGGGAGAAGUUAGAAUGAAAUACUAGGACUAUGCUGCUCCUUCUCCUGUCUAAACCAAGGCCAGUGCUGCAGUCACUUUGUUUCACUCCCUCUCUCCCCCCACCCCCCUUCUCCCCUCAUCUUUUACUCUCCCUCCCCUCCAUCCUAUCUUCCUUCCUAUCCUCCUUUACUGUGAAUGCUUCUUGUGCUCUUUGCAGGCUGUCUCACGUGACUUUUGGCCUUUGUGCAGUGCAAACUGCAUGCGGGCAGUGGGUUGGGGGUGGGCGGGGUUAUGAAGAGGCUGUGAUGAUGUCUAAAGCAUUGCCAUUCCUGUUCCCACUGUGUAUACGUUAAAUUAUGCAGAACAAGGCAUCCCAUGUAAUUGUUAAUGUUUUUUUUAUCCUAAGAUAAUAAAAAUAUAAUACACAAAACAGCAGGGAGACAAGUGUUUGCAAUAAUGUCAACACUACAUUUAAAGGACAGUGGUGAUUUGCAUGUAUUGGAAUUGGCGUCCAUCCCUAAUAAAUGUAUGCAAUGUUGUCUUUUCUUAAAGAAA